AUGAACGGUGAUACGUACACAUCCAGGGACUCGGGACGAUCCCGCGAUUACUUCCGCGACGAGCGACGAGACCGCGACCGAGGCGACAGACCCGAACGAGCCGAACGUGGAUCGGACCGUGGAGCUGAACGGGGCGACCGUCCUGACCGUGGAGAGAGACGCCGCUCCCGCUCACCUCACCAUGGAUCCCGAGGCGACUCCCGUCGUGAGCGCGAGGUGAACUCCUACUCCAGCAGCCGUGACUACCGUGCCCGCGAGCGCGAAGACCGCUACUCCGGCGGCCGCCGUGACGAUCGAGAGUGGGACCGCGGCAACCGUGCGGAACGGGGUGAUCGUGCCGAGCGUGGUGGUGACCGUGGUGACCGUGGUGACCGCCGACGACGCGAUGUAGAGGACAGACCCCGUCGUGACUUGUUUGAUGACCGACGGGGUGGUCGUGGUGGUGGUGAUCGGGGCGACCGGGCUGAUCGUGGUGACCGAGACCGCGAGAGACGAGAGCGAGAGCGCAAGCGCAGCGCUACGCCCCCGCGGCGCAAGGAACCCACUCCCGAUCUCACAGAUGUGCCUUCUGUGUUGACACGCAAACGCCGCUUGACGCAAUGGGAUAUCAAGCCUCCUGGUUACGAGAAUGUCACGGCUGAACAAGCAAAGAUCUCAGGGAUGUUCCCUCUUCCCGGAGCUCCUCGUCAGCAGCCGAUGGAUCCAAGCCGCAUGAAGGACUUCCUGAACCCGCCCACUGGUGAUAGCGAAAACGCCGCUCUUAAGCCUUCGAACUCCCGCCAGGCAAAGCGCCUGUUCGCUUACAACCUCCCUCCCGGUGUCUCGAGCGAGACCGUCAUCGCUUUCUUCAACCUCCAGCUGAACGGUCUCAAUGUUGUGCGCAGCGCCGACCCUUGCAUCUCAGCCCAGAUCUCGCAGGAUAAAACCUUCGCACUCCUGGAGUUCAAGGAGCCAAACGACGCCACAGUCGCAUUGGCCUUCGACGGUAUCAGCAUGCCAGAGAGCGGAGAAAAGGGCCUCGAAGUCCGCCGACCAAAGGAUUACAUCGUCCCCAACGGCAGCGCAGACCAGCCAGCCCAGGAAGGCGUCGUGCUCAGCGAGGUGCCAGACUCACCUAACAAAAUCUGCGUCUCCAACAUCCCCACCUACAUCCCCGAAGACCCCGUCACAAUGCUCCUCAAGUCCUUCGGCGAACUCAAAUCAUUCGUCCUAGUCAAAGACGCAUCUACAGAAGAGUCUCGCGGAAUCGCUUUCUGCGAAUACGCCGACCCCGCCGCAACACCCAUCGCCGUCGAAGGUCUAAACGGCAUGGAACUCGGCGAUCGCCACCUCAAAGUCGUCCGCGCCAGCAUCGGUAUUACCCAAGCUUCCGGUCUGGACAUGGGCGUCAACGCUAUGCAAAUGUUCGCCAAAACCACUUCCCAGGAUCUCGAAACUACCCCGGUUCUCCAGCUCCUCAACAUGGUCACACUGGACGAACUCCUCAGUGAUGAGGAUUACGAGGAAAUCCUCGAAGAUGUCAGCGAGGAGUGUGCUAAGUUCGGUAACUUGCUUGGUAUUAAGAUCCCUCGUCGUGGUCACGGUGCUGGGAAAAUUUACAUUAAGUAUGAUACGGCUGAGGCGGCUACUAAUGCUCUCAAGGCGUUGGCUGGUCGUAAGUUCUCGGAUCGGACGGUUGUUGCUUCGUACUUUGGUGUUGAGAAUUUCGAUACUGAGGCUUGGUGA